AUGUUGGCCAUGCUAGACCCUCACAAUGUGGCGAUCAUGGGCGUGGUGGUGGUGUUGGGUUUAUACGCAUCCUAUACCAUGCUCCACAGUCAAAGGCGCAACCCUCCCUCGGUCUCGAGUAAAAUCCCAUUUUAUUUGUACAAUCUAAUCUUCGCAGUCAGCAUAUUCUCCUUCAAGCUCUUUGUGACCUCCUCACCUGCCAUCAUGCGGGCUGCUCAGAAACACCCCACAGUCAUUACAUUGGAACCGUUGUUGAAGUUCACGCAGAAGCGUCUAUGUCAAGCUCAACGCGAUAAGCUUGUUCAUUUGUGUGAUCAAGACCAUUGUCCGAGCCUUCUUUCCAGGAUCGUGCAUGAUACGACACCUGUCCUUGCUGGAAAAUCCCUUGACAGAAUGAACGGGAUAAUAUUUCGGCAGCUACUACCCAUCAUUGGUGACAUGAGCAAUUACGAUACGGUCGAUUUGAACGGAUGGCUUCGGCAUGCCAUUACCAUUAUCAGUACAAAUGCUACAUACGGCAAUUUGAACCCUUUCAAAAUCCGGCACAUUGAAGACACAUUCUGGGAACUCGAACGUAAUGUGGCGCUACUACUGGCCAACAUUGUGCCAUGGCUAAUUGCCCCCAAGACCUGGAAGGCACGCAAGCUUUUGUGUGCUGCGUUCAAAGAUUACUUCGACCUCGGAGGUCAUGAGGACGGCUCGGAACUGCUAUCCAUGCGGUACAGAUCAUUCCUCGGGGCUGGGCUUACUCACAAAGAAAUAGCAUAUGCGGAGAUACCCCUGAUUGUAGGAUUACUGGCAAAUACCGUUCCUGCUGCAUUCUGGGUUCACUUUGAGCUUUUCUCUAGACCACAGCUGCUGGAACAGAUACGGGAAGAGAUAGAACAGAAAGCCCUCAAUAUUGCACCUGGCGGCAUGCACAUCAUUAAUCUGGGGUACCUUCGCGAUAAUUGCCCACUUCUUCUCUCGAUGUACCAAGAGGUUCUACGGACAAGGACCACAAUGGUAACCAUCCGGUUCGUGACGCAGGAUGUUGUUCUAGCGGACAAAUACCUUCUCAGAUCCGGAACCAUGCUCUUCAUGCCAGCGAAGUUCAUGAGGUCCACUACAACAACCGAGAAUAAGGGCGAUAAGAAAAAGGAGCCCCGGCGUACCGGUGGGUUCAUGGCAUUCGGUGUUUCCCCAUCGAUCUGCCCGGGACGUCACUUUGCUACUAGUGAGAUAUUGGCACUCGUAGCCAUGAUUGCCUUGCAAUAUGACGUUGCUCCAGUCGAUGGGCUCUGGCAUGCACCACCGAGGAUGAAUUCGGCAAGCACAUUCAACAUGAGUCCAGUCGAUGGAGCUUUCCCCGUGACCGUAAAAAAGCGACAAAAGUAUGAAGGGAAGUUGUGGCAGUUCAAAAUUACUGAAGGCAAAGGGCAGUUUGGUUUGGCU